AUGGAGGUGAAUCAGAUUGUGGGAAAUGAAUUUUGUGUGCAAAUGGAGGCUAAAGGGGCUGGGAUUGAGGAUUGGUGUUGGAUGGUAUUUGUGUACAUGAGCACUGACAGAAGGGAGAGAAGUAGACAAUGGGAGUUCCUUGAGCAGAGGAAAAGCAACUGGGGUGAUGGGUGGGUGAUUGCAGGGGAUUGGAAUGAUUUAGUGUCAAAUGAGGAGAAGAGAGGGGGGCUGACUAGGAAUUCCAGUAGUUUUGUGGGUUUCCAGAACUUCAUCAAUAACAUGGAAAUGCAAGAAAUAGCUCAGAAAGGGUCAUUUUUCACCUGGGGCAAUAAUAGAGCUGGAGAUGGCUAUGUGGAAGAGAGACUAGACAAAAUUUUUGCAUCCUUUGAUUGGUUGGCCAGAUUUCCUAGAAUGGAGGCUUCAAAUUAUUUUAGAUCUGCCUCAGACCACAAUGUGCUGCUUUUUGAUACUGAGCUAGAGAUCAACAAGAGACAUAAGAGAUUCCAGUUUAACAGUGGCCGGGUGGAGAUGGAGGGAGUGUCUGAGGCUGUGAGGGAAGGGUGGCAGAUUAGUGUGGAUGGUUCAGCUUUAUAUCAGGUGCACCAGAAGAUCAAGAAUACCAGAAUGGCUUUACUUGUUUGGCAUAAACCUCACCAUAGAAACCAGGAAAGAACCAUUAAAGUCCUGACUGAGAAGAUGGCUAGUCUGAGGGCUGAGGGCAGGGAAAGAGACUGGGAGCAGUGGGGCUUAGUGAAGAAUGAACUUGACAAAGCCCACCUUGAUGAAGAACAAUAUUGGAGGAAUAAAUCCAGAGCUCUGGGAGGUGUAUUCAAAUUUUGA